GAGCUGUAUGAAAAAGCCUCCCAGGAAGUUACAGGACCCCUCAGCACAGCUCACCAGUGGGUGAACAUGAGUGAUGUCUCGGUGGAGCUCAAUGCCACGCACACGGUUAAAACAUGUAAACCAGCCUUAGGAUACAGCUUCGCUGCGGGGACUAUUGAUGGAGUAGGGGCUUUCAACUUCACACAAGGCUCAGUAGAAGGGGACCCAUUUUGGGAUGGAAUCCGUGACCAGCUACUGGGAGAGCCAUCCAAUGAAACCAAAGCCUGCCAUGAGCCCAAGCCCAUCCUCUUCAGCACUGGAGAGAUGACUCGGCCUCACCCAUGGCACCCUGACAUCGUGGAUGUUCAGAUUGCUGCCAUUGGAUCGCUGGCAAUCAUUGCUGUUCCUGGAGAGUUGACGACCAUGUCUGGACGCAGGCUACGGGAAGCUGUUAAAAGAGAAUUUGAUUCUCAUGGUACACCAGCAAUGGAUGUAGUAAUUGCAGGUCUGUGCAAUGUCUACACCCAUUACAUUACCACCUACGAAGAAUACCAGGUUCAACGAUAUGAAGCUGCAUCGACUAUUUAUGGGCCACACACGCUUUCUGCUUAUAUUCAACUGUACAGAGGACUUGCAAGGGCUAUUGCUACGAAUACAGUUCAGGAUUUGCCACGUGGCCCAGAGCCCCCACUUUUUAACAUAGGUAACCUGACCUUGGUACCUUCUCUCAUUGUCGAUCGUGCACCGGUGAAUAAGACAUUUGGGGAUGUGCUCCAAGAAGUGAGACAACAAUAUCGAACGGGAGAAGUUGCUGAAGUAACUUUUGUAGGCGCGAACCCCAGGAACUCUGCAGAGAACGCGAAUGAACACAACUUUCUGACAGUGGAGAGAUAUGACAACACUUCAGAUAGGUGGCACGUGGUACAGAACGAUGUCUCCUGGGACACCAGGUUUUACUGGACCAAAGGAUUUCUUGGUCUGAGCAAUGUGAAUAUUAAAUGGUACAUCCCUCAAGGCACAGAGCCAGGCGUCUACAGGAUACGGUACUUCGGACACAACAGGAAAAAGCCGUUUAAUAGUCCUGCUGUCUUUGUUCCAUUUGAAGGCAUGUCUUCAACAUUUGAAAUCACAAACCUGUAG